GCUUUAAACCCAGAACCGCAUGUAAAUCAUACAGUACGCGAGAAGAUCUUCCCCAUCCUUCAAAGCUGCGAAAACGUAAAAGAUCUUCCARUUCCAGGAAGCAGCGAUCUGGUAUGGAAGUUGAUUCACAUCUUUCACUUCUAAGGAGAAAACACGCAGAAUUCAACUGGAUUUGUAAAGAUAAUGCCCCAAACACAAGUUUAGAUCCAGAAGAAGUUCUACCCGAAAGAAUGUUACAAAAAGUACCAAAUACAUCACCACCUUUAUCGAGAAUCAACCAUCUUACAACUCCUUUACUCUACUCUCCUCCUAAUACGUGGCAACAGCACAAAURCCCAUCAGGAGAAACCUUUUCGUCGUCCAUUAGCACUACUAUUGAUGAGGACCAAAUUAUACCUCAAGUCAAUGAUCCGCAGUUUAUACAGCGCGAACUGGAAAGCUAUACAUCCGACGACGAUUUUCACUUAACCACUACCAGCGUACCAAGUGAUGUUGCCAGCUACGAUAAUGACGUUUUACAGCAUGGUUUCGGGGAGCUAGACUGUUGGGCUGUUAUUGCACAAGAAAGUAUCAAAGAAGAAUGAUUCCUAUAAGGAAAAUACAAUAUUACAGGUUCCUUUGACUUACAGAAUUUAUAAACUUCCUUGUAUUUUACUUUUGAAUUUUUAACAAAAACCAUUCAUACUAUUUUUGCAUAUCGAGGUCAAUCUGCGCAAAAGACCCUGACAAUUCCCAUUCUUACAGAAUUCAAAUACGCAUUAUAAUUAGUACAACAAUAAUUUAUUCGUUGCUUAAUUGUACUAAUUAAUAAUUAUAWUAAUAUUCAAAAUAUCUCAGCUAUAUUUCGUGGUUAAUUUCUGACUAAUGUCUAAUAUUCAAACUCAUCAAUUCAAAUAUUAAAACAAUUUCCUUUCAAUUAGCAAAGCUGUGUAGACACAAUCGAGACUCUCAGUGCAUCUAACCUUAAAAAAGGUGCCAACUUAUGGAGUAGGAGGAAGGAAUGGAAAUGYUGUGUUCUCCUCAAAGAAAAUAGUAGGCAUUCCACUAGGAGGACAUUACUAGUAAUGGGCUCCUGCUCAUGCAAAAAAAAAAAAAAAAUGAAAUCAAGUGCAUCAAAA